UUGGCGACCAAGUUGCGCACUUCUCUCGACUUGUUACAUCUCCAAUGACAUCGCGCUCGUCGCGCUCUGACGCUGCGUUCUUUGGAGGAGGAGCAGCCCGAGGGUCGAGCGGCUCGGGUGGCGGCGAAUGGCGGCGCGCUGGUGCAGCAGCAUCAGCAUCAGCAGCAACACCUGGCCGCCGCACCAAGAUGUACCAGUCGCACCAACGCGGGAUGCUGCUCCUGGACGACGACGAGUUCAAGAGCGACUCCAGCUCCGUGCUCCGCGGCUACGACGGCGGGUUUGGCGAUGACGAGGACGACAACGACAACGACGAGGACUACGCGGCGGCGCAAACUGCCACGCAGGCUGGAUGGGCUGCGCAGGGCUUUGACGCGGGCACCCAGGGUGAAUGGCGUUCGAGCACAGGGCAGGCAGUCUUCCAGGCACAGGCACAGGCACAGGCGCACUCGCAGCAGUUUGGAUCGCCGUCGCUCAGCGGGGGCGAUGAUGACGAGGUUGACGUGUUCAAUCUCAGCAAUGGUAGUACUAGCACGCGAGGAGCAGGCACCUCGUCCAAGCCGGCUACAAUUCACACCCAACCAACGAAAGGGCUUGGCUCGAGCGCGGGGGUCGGGCAGUGGGCAGGCGUUCCAGUCCCAGGCUCGCGCAGAGCGACAGGCGCUGGGAGCAGCGCGUUUCAACCAUCCAGCACGUCGGCGCCAAUGCGGUCGCGACAACAGUCAAGCAUGCGUCUGGACGACGAUCAUGAGAUCAGUGACACGGAAUCUGAACACAACCCUCGUCGACGCAAGCGCGCAGGAGGAUUUACGAAAUGGUUUUGCCAAGGUGGGUGGCUUGUAAUGCUGCGAAAUCUACGGGGAGAGGCUCUGCGAUGGCGGCCAUUUGCGUUGAUUUUUGCCUCGAGCAACCCGGACGACAAGCUUGUCGCUCGAACUGUCAUUCCCGCUCGGCCACCCAUUCCGUCGCACGGGUCGUCAUCAAGAGCAUCCUCCUCCUCCUCUACAGCACACGCACCAUCGCCAUCACCAGCAACAGCUGCCGGCAACCACCAGCUGUUUCCACGAAACGUCAUUUGCAACCAAAAGUACACACUUCUGUCGUUUGUGCCUUUGGUGCUCUUUGAGCAGUUCAAGUUCUUCUUCAACCUUUACUUUUUGCUGGUCGCCAUGUCUCAGUUUGUUCCUGCGCUUCGUAUCGGCUACCUGUACACGUACUGGGGCCCGCUGCUGUUCGUGCUUGCCGUAACAAUGGCGAAAGAGGCCUUUGAUGAGUUUCAGCGUUUUCGGCGAGACCGCCAAGUCAACUCGGCGCAGUAUCAGCGGCUGAUUCCGGGUCCUCGAAGGAGCGCAACACCCACCGCUUCGUCCCGCAGUGCCUUGUCCAGCAAUUCUGGCGUUUUCACGUCGCUGUCCACCUCCAGCAGCAUUCACCUGCCGGACGUCGACCGCGAGCAUGUCGCCAGUUCGGAAUUGCGUCUCGGCGAUGUCAUUGUCGUGCACACCAACCAGCGCGUUCCUGCAGAUCUGGUGCUUCUCCAAACCAGCGAGCCAACUGGCACGUGCUUCAUCCGCACAGACCAGCUCGAUGGCGAGACGGAUUGGAAGCUUCGAGUGGCCGUUCCGUCGUUCCAAAGGCUCUCUCGACAGUCUGACAUCUUUGGGACGAACGCUUCCGCCUUUUUCGUCGAAAAGCCGCAACGCGACAUUCACUCGUUUGUUGGUACGGUCACGACGCAUCCCAGCUUGGCCGUGGACACUGGUGCUGCACACGCGACCUCACCUACCGUUGAGCCCGUGAGCAUUGAAAACACGCUCUGGGCAAACACGGUGGUUGCGAGCGGCGUUGCGAUCGGCAUUGUCGUCUACACUGGCAAGGAGACGCGCGCAUCCAUGAACACGUCCGCGCCGCGCACCAAGGUCGGUCUCCUCGACAUCGAGGUAAACCGGCUGGCCAAGGUCUUGUUUGUGGUGACUCUCAUCCUCGCCUUCAUUCUCGUGGCCCUGCGAGGGUUUCAAGGCUCGUGGCUGGUGUCCUUGUUCCGCUUCCUGUUGCUGCUGUCGUACAUCAUCCCAAUCAGCCUGCGCGUCAACCUGGACAUGGGCAAAACCGUGUAUUCUUGGCUCAUGAUGCGGGACAAGCAUAUUCCCAAUACCAUUGUUCGCACCAGCACCAUUCCCGAAGAGCUUGGUCGGCUGGACUAUCUCCUGUCCGACAAGACGGGCACACUCACCCAGAACGACAUGGUGUUCAAAAAGCUCCACCUUGGUACAGUGUCGUUUAGUCGCGAUGGCAUGCACGAAGUUUCGCAACACUUGCACAAUUACCUAGCCGACCAGUCAGCAAGCGCCCCAUCUAGCUCCACCCCUACCACCACCAUCACCACCACCACCAGCAGUACGAUCGGGAUUGCCAUUGCGACCACAACCACUUCGUCCGCCCCUCGACGCAGUACCACCACAUCUCGCGUGGCAGAAUUGCUGCAAGCGAUUGCUCUGUGUCACAAUGUUACGCCCUCGGCUGCAGAUGCCAAUGACGAUGAUGACGAUGAUCACACCAAACCCGCGGGCGGUAGCGCGUCGUCGACAUCCGCACCCAUUGGCUCUGGCAAGGGCCGCUCACAAGCUGGCGGAAAACGGCGACGCGACGGAUUUGAAGCCAUCGAGAUGGGCCGUCUUCAAGAGCACAGUGAUAACUCUGAUGAUGAUCGCGGCCACGCUGACGACCACGAAGACAACGACGACGACGACGACGACGACGACGACUCGGACCAGGACGUUGUCACUGACAAAACGGCCAUUAUUGGGUCUGCAUCGCGAGCUCGCCAGUCUGUUUCCAAGGGGGCCCGUCGGCGACAGUCGCGUCUUCCAGCGCUUGGCAAACAAGCAUUGCCGGUUGAUUCCAACGUUUCUGCCGCUCUCAAGUCCAUGCAUGCCUCGCUACCGGCGCUCGCCUACCAAGCAUCGUCACCCGACGAAGUUGCACUCGUCAAGUGGGCUGCCAGCGUCGGAUUGGCACUGACGCAUCGCGAUUCCAGUUCGAUCGAGCUGACCUCGCUGUACCGCGGCGCAAAGCUCCGUUUCGCAGUUCUUCAGGUCUUCCCAUUCACGUCCGAAACCAAACGAAUGGGCAUCAUUGUCCGAGACCUCCAGACAAACCAGCUAUACUUUUACAUGAAGGGCGCGGACGCCGUCAUGAGCAAGCUCGUUCAGUACAACCACUGGCUGGACGAGGAGUGCGGAAACAUGGCACGCGAAGGUUUGCGCACCCUCGUCGUCGGCAGAAAGCUCCUCUCCGAAGCCGACUAUUCCAAUUUCGUUGCGCGCUACGAUGCCGCUCGAAUCAGCGUCACAGACCGGGCGCAGCGAAUGGCCGAGGUCCUGUCCCAGUGCUUGGAAACAAACCUCGAGCUACUUGGACUGACAGGCGUCGAGGACAAGCUCCAGGACGACGUGCGCGGCACGCUCGAGCUGCUGCGGAAUGCUGGCUUGCGCAUUUGGAUGCUCACUGGCGACAAAACCGAGACCGCCGCCAACAUUGCCAUUUCGUCCCGACUCGUAUCCCGGUCGCAAGGUCUGUUCAUCUUUCGCUCCGUUGCUGACCAGUACGAAGCGCAGGCAGAGCUGAACGCCUUUCGUCGAAAAAUCGACUGUGCGCUUGUGAUUGACGGCCAGUCACUGCGAAUUUGCAUCGAGCACUGCGAGCGCGAGUUUAUGGACUUGGCCUGCGAUGCACCUGCAGUCGUCUGCAGUCGUUGCGCGCCCACCCAAAAGGCACAAAUCGUGUCGCUCAUCCGCUCUCACACUGGCAAGCGGACGGCCGCCAUUGGCGACGGUGGUAACGACGUCAGCAUGAUUCAGGCUGCGGAUGUCGGCAUUGGCAUUGUAGGCAAGGAGGGCAUGCAGGCGUCGCUUGCCGCGGACUUUUCCAUCACUCAGUUCAAGCACAUUUCGCGCCUCAUGCUUUGGCACGGGCGCAAUAGCUACAAGCGAUCCGCUGCACUUGCGCAGUUUGUCAUCCAUCGAGGUCUGAUUAUUUCAAUCAUCCAGGCAGUGUUUUCUGCGCUCUUUUACUUUGCCGCUGUCGCCCUGUAUCAGGGCUUGCUGAUGGUCGGGUACGCCACAGUCUACACCAUGGCUCCGGUCUUUUCCCUUGUUGCUGACACGGACGUGUCUUCGGAAAUUGCCAUGACGUUUCCCGAGCUCUACAAGGAUCUUACAAAGGGUCGCGUGCUUUCGUUCAAGACCUUCUUCAUUUGGGUUCUUAUCAGUGUUUACCAAGGCGGCUGCAUCAUGUACGGAGCCAUGUUCAUGUUUGAGGAGCAGCUCGUUCAUAUCACGGCCAUCACCUUCACUGCUCUGAUUCUGACCGAGUACUUGAUGGUAGCGCUUUCCAUCAACACCUGGCACUGGAUGAUGAUUGUCUCGGAAGUUGGCAGUUUGUUCGUUUAUGUUGGCUCGCUCGUCUUCCUUCAAGACUACUUUGAUCUGAACUUUAUCCAAAGCUGGACUUUCCUCUGGAAGGUGACGCUGAUUACACUCGUGAGCUGUGUUCCGCUCUACAUAAUCAAGUUCCUGAAGCGCAAAUUUGCUCCCCCAAUUUACUCCAAGUUGCGAUGAUUUGUUUUCCAGCGCGAUUUCUCGUUCUUGAUUGUGUUUUGAAAUUUGUACGUUCAUUUUAAUCUGGUUUCGUUACA